UAAACACGAAGACUAAAAGUCUACCUUUUCCAUCUUUAUAUUGUUGUUUCCUUGUUAACUGCAAUUGACAGACCAUACACCAAGUCUUUAAUCUUUCAACUAAUUGCUGUAAGUGCCGUUUGAUCCUUCCUUUGGAGAUGGAUGAAAGGUUGAGAACAGCUGCUCGUGCAGGAAAUGUUAGUGAUGUGUAUACAUUAAUUCAGAGAGAUGGAAAUGCUUUGAGGUGUUUUGAUGAAGUGGAGUUUAUCGAAACUCCGCUACACGUAGCUGCAGAAGAAGGAUGCAUUGGGUUUGCAAUGGAGAUGAUGAACUUAAAGCCAUCAUUUGCCAGGAAGCUAAACCAACAAGGUUUGAGCCCAAUUCACAUUGCAGUUAAAAGAGGGUAUAAAGAGAUGGUGCUACGCUUCCUAGAGAUUGAUAAAGGUCUUGCUCGUGUGAAAGGGAAGAAGGGUAAGACUCCCUUGCACAUCUUAAGUAAAGCUGGAAACCCUGAUGGCUUGGUCGAUAGGUUUCUUGAGGUUUGUCCCGAAAGCAUCAGAAAUGUGACAACUACGAAUCGUACUGCUUUGCAUAUCGCUGCAGAAAGGAAUAGAUUGGAUGUUUUCCAAGUUCUAAUCGAAACGCUUAAGAAGCAAAACUACUGUCAAGAAGUGAUGAACAGGAAAGACGAAGAUGGCAACACUGCACUGCACAUAGCUGCUAUCAAUAAUCAACCCCAGAUGCUCAAACUACUACUAGAAUGCAAAGCUGAUAAGCAUGAGACCAAUGAGGCUGGUUUGACGGCACUGGAGGCAGCGCAUCAACAGAACAACAUAGAAAGCAUUAGCAUUCUGCGAGAAGUUUCAAACUUUAGGUAUAAGUUGAAGAAACAAAUUGACAAGUAUGGGUCAAAGGUAUCGUCAUUAAUCUUUGACAAUAUAGACAAUAUAUCAAGCGAGGACCGCAGUGCCUUACUAGUAGUUUUAGGACUGCUUCUAACAACGACCUACCAAGUCACUCUUAGCCCGCCGGGUGGAGUUUGGCAAGGAGGAGAUCGUUUUCAAAAUAUACCGGGCAAAUCAGUCAUGGACCAAACCAGCUUUCUUAAUUUCUUUGUGCCAACAUAUGUUGUGUUUAUCGCAACGUUUUUUUUAACGUUAGCCCUCCUUAAACCUUUUCCCGUUGGUUUCAGGACAACACUUCAAAUACUACUUGCAUUUUUGGCAAUAUGCUUCCAUCAGUCAAUAAGUUUUAUAGCUCCAACAGAUUUAGCAAGAUAUGUCAUUUAUAUAUUUUCGAUGCUCUUUGUUUUCUUAUUGGUGUUGAUGGGUAUUGCUUAUCGGGCGUCGAAAUUCAUCACUUCAAUUCUGGGAUUUUGGUUAUUCCCAUGGUUAUUCUUUUUUCUGUAUGAUGAAUUUUGGGAAGGAACCAUUAUAAUUAUAGGAUAUUGUUUAUAUUCCUCGAUUGAAUUCUUAGAAUUUGGUAGUACUCCUUCCUUCUUAGGCGUUGGUACUCCUUCCUCGUUAGGCGUUGGUACUCCUUCCUCGUUAGGCGUUGGUACUCUUUCCUCGUUGAUUUAUUUUAGUACGGGCUUAUGGUGCUGGUUGUUCAUUAGUCUAUGUAGGUUCUGCAUAAAACGAUAUUGUACAUGUUGUAAUUCCUGAAUAAUCAGAUUUAUAAUUAUUCUUAUUUUCGA